AUGGGUGCAUCACUGACAUCACCGCUGCCACAUCGUCCUCCGACCAGUGUAUGCAAUCAUUUGUUUCAACCGUCCGAUAGUGCACCACCGCCAUUGUUUCGAACACAUCCAAUGAGCGAAUCCACCAAGAAACAUCACUCAGUGUUGGCCGUUGGAUGGAACUGGUCCAAGAAAGCUGCACAGCAGGAUUUCGUGAACAACAAUCUGCUCAGCCCAAUAGGUCCUCAAGCUAAAACACCCUUAUCGCCAACUCAUCAUGCUCAAAGACAACCAUUUGGUAAAAACUAUAUGAUCGAUAUUCACCAUAAAAGUAGUAUUCAUAACGACAAUGAUAGUAAUAAUAAUAGUAGUAAUAAUAAUAAUAAUAAUAACCACAACGAUAAUAACAACAACAGUAAUGAUACCAGUGAUCAUAAUACAACUUCAUCGACUGUUUCAUCCCUCAGCAGUCAUAAUGGUAACAGCUCCAAUUCAUCAACCGGAAACCAUACCAAAUCGGAUAGUAAACCCCUUGUCGCAUACACUGAGAAAGCUGCAGUGCAUGGUGAUAAUGUGAAAAGGAAAACAGUUAUUCAAGCUUCCACCUCGGAACUGCUGCGUGGCCUUGGGCAAUAUCUUUCGCAGCGAUGUCGGGUACGUCAUUUCGAACCAGCACAUGUUGUCAUGUGGUUAAGGACUGUCGAUCGCGCACUCCUAUUACAGGGUUGGCAAGAUGUUGCGUUCAUAAAUCCAGCGAAUUUGGUAUUCGUUUACAUGUUGAUCAAGGAUAUGAUUCCCGAAGACGAUAGUAUCGAAACAGUUGAGGAAUUACAAGCGCUUGUGUUGACAUGUCUUUACAUCAGUUACAGUUAUAUGGGCAAUGAAAUCUCUUAUCCUCUGAAGCCUUUCAUCGUUGAUCAGAAUCGUGAUCGUUUUUGGGAUCGAUGCGUUAAAAUAGUGAACGAUCGAAGUGCAGAUAUGCUACGACUGAAUUCAUCCUCAACAUUUUUCACUGAAGUUUUCAGCGAAUUGAAACAGUUCUCUUGCGAUUACUAG